AUGGAGACGGGAGCCUGUUUGAUGGUUCGGAGCAUUUCCAGCAAAGAGCUCAAGGGGAGGGUUGGGGAGGGGGGGCAAAGCCAAAAUGGGGUUUCCAGCAAGUACUUAGCUACUUUUUCUGGUGAAGAUGCAUAUAUAUUGAGUGAAGCCAAGGAGGAAGCUGUGCGCACAAUUGUGGAAUUUGUGAAGGCCCCUGACUUGUUUCAGUGUGAUUUGCUAGAUAUGCCUGCUGUAGGGCAAUUGGAGAAGGAUGCUAAGCAUGCGUUGGCAUAUCAGCUUUUAAAGAUCUUUCUGACUCAGAGGCUGGAUGCUUACUUGGAGUUUCAGGCUGCAAAUUCUACUUUACUGAAAGGCUACGGACUUGUCCAUGAAGACUGCAUAACAAAGAUGAGGUUGAUUUCUUUGGUGGAUCUUGGCUCUGAUGAAUCUGGACGAAUUCCUUACAAUCUUAUCAGAGAUACACUUCAGAUUAAUGAUGAGGGCGUCGAACUUUGGGUGGUCAAAGCGAUAACUGCUAAGUUAAUGGACUGUAAAAUGGACCAGAUGAAUCAAGUGGUGAUUGUGAGCCGCUGUACUAAGAGAGUAUUUGGGCAGCAACAAUGGCUUACACUUAGAUCAAAGUUAGCAACUUGGAGGGGUAAUGUUGCAAAUGUCAUCAGCACAAUUCGAGCUAACAGGAUAGCUGAAGAUGGCUCGCAGGCAGUGCAAGGCUUAGUUAUUCGUUAGAAAAUUCUUGGUUAUGUAGGUUCAUGGCUGACUUAUGAAAGCUUGAAGUAGUAUUUAUGAUUCCCAAUUAUUUUCCCUUUGGACUUUGGAUCCAAAUGUUUUGGAAAUUUUGACAGGAAAAAGAUCUCUUGUUAUUUACAAAUCUUAUGAUUAUACGCUCGGUAAAUGAUGAAUGACUGCUUAUAUAUCAUCAGCAACUUCUGUUGCGUUUGACAGGAAAACUCUCUUGUUCUGAAA